AUGUUUCCUUUAACACUAGAAGGUGAGACACUUGGAAAGAAGCAUCGACAUUACAAUACUUUAGUUAAAACAGCCGCUACUGCUGCUACGUACAAUUUGGAAAAUAUACGUUACGAUGACGAAGAUAUCAACAACUUGUUUAAGGUUGAUGUUGCGUGCGCACGAAGAAAUGUGCAGUACAUUUUAGAGGUGCUAAAAGGAGGCGAUAUACUUUACGUGUCCCGUGCACUGCGGCAUAGCGUAUGGUUACUGUGUGAUGAUCGAUACGCUCAUAUAAUCAACCCACGCUAUCUACACCAAGAGCUCUUUCCACAAAUGACUACUAAAACAAAGACCAAACUUCUUCUUCAAAUAAGACUCCAUUUGAAAAACUCAGAUCGUGCAGAAGACUUUUUUAAAUAUUAUUGUGAAGACGAUGUAGUUGUUGCUCAAAAAUUUUUACCAUUAUGCUCAAUACCUUUUAUUGAAAAUGCAGUGCAACAAUACAUACAUAAACUCAGAGUCUCUUUGCUUGUAAGAUUAUGCAAAAAAUCUAUUAGUAUACUUAGAAAAUAUAUUGAAAGUAGUGAUGAUAAUUAUUUUGACCGGAUUAAUAUAUUGACAAACACAAGGUUUUUGUGUUACAAAAAUCCAAAAGAAUACUUUGACGUAUUAGAUUCCCUUAACAUGUAUCACAUACCUAAGUUCGGGAUAAAAUUAACGAAAUCAAUAAUGAAAUCCUGUCCAGAAAGGAUCGUUGAUCGUUACGAAAGAUAUUAUAUAAAUAUUCAUGACUCUACAUUCGCUAAAUAUUUGAAACGAGAACAAAUUAUAGAUUUUUUGAGAAUGCUUAGCCAGGGAUCAAGUUACAUGUGGUCUUGGUCUAGUUUCGAUCAUUUAUCAUUAUUUUUUAGAUAUCUACCUCAUGGGAAAAGAUUUGAGUACGUAAAAAAAAUAUUUAUAGAUAAUGAAGCGGUACUGAAUAACAAUGAUGUCGAAGAAGAUUCUACUGAUAAAAUUCUGUUGCGGUUUUCGUCGUUUCCUUCAUGUGACAUUUAUCAUUGGUAUCGCUUAGCUCCAUUCGAAAUAGCUUUCCCUGAAUUAACAGAAAAAAUAAAUAUUGAGUCUAAGCCUGAUGUGAGAUAUACGAUAUUAUCUGUGCUACUGCAUUGCGCUGCACGUAAUCCAGAACAUAUACACACAUUGUUAAAGUAUUACUAUGACCAACAUGUCAAUGAAACAUUCAAGUAUAAAAUUCAAUUUAUAAAUAAAUUAAUAUCUCGGGUUCACGUUCAUAGGUUAAACGAGAAGACUUGGAAUGUCCUCGAUGAUAUUUUUAGAUAUAUGGAAGUGUAUAUCGAAUCGGAAAAUAAAGUUCAGUUUUGUAUUCAGGCUAUAAUUGUGUAUAAUCUUAUCCGUGACCGAAGUGUCCCAAGUGUUGUGGAGGAAAAAUUUAUUUUUAAUACCUUAAAAGAUUACAGAAAAAAAUUAAACGAAUAUGAGCAGAAUAAAUUGUUUUCCUAUCUUUUCAGUUAUAUCAGUAAAAAAAUUGAAACACAGACAAUAACAAGACAUUCUCAACUGGUAACAUUAAUACAAUUGUUGGAAAAUGUUUUCGAAUUAUUAGAAGAUUGGAAAAAGAAUUUGCGCGACUAUCCAUUAAUAAUUAAAAUUAUCAAAAAAGUAAUAAAAAUUAAAAUGCAAAAUCUUUGGGAUACUCCACUGACAAACCUCUAUAAAGAGCACAAAACUUUUAGAAAGUAUUUAUUUGAAGAAUCUUUCUUCUUAUAUCCUAGCGACGCAGUAUGUUUAAAUGCUUUAAAGCAUGAUCCGAGUUUAUUGUCACGUCACACGAAUGAAGUAGAUGUAAUGUGUUGCAAUGACUCAAUGUCACUGAAGUAUACGUUACGGAAAUUGCGAAUUUAUUGGCCACGCUCGAUAGCACAAGAAUGGAUAAAUAAAUACGUUAAACGAUUUCGUCAGUUGACAGGGCAUAAAGCUUCAUUAGAAGGGCUUUGCAUCAUUUUGCCACGCGAACAGAUAAAUUAUUAUUUAAAAGAGUUUAUUCCAGUUGAAACUAGAAUUAUGUGGAAUGAAGAUUUUGAUGAAGUAUCUUAUAAGUUGAGCAAGAAUACUGCAGCACAAUUAUAUAAAAUACGGCCACCUGUUGAAAUAGACGUCGUUCUACAGUUUGCGAGAGAUGAUUACUUACAAUACGCUCUACCAUCUCUGCAAGCGAUUUUGUAUAAUAUGAGCCAUGAUCAGUCAAUAGAUUAUGCUUCAAAAUUAUUGAAAGUGCCCGUGUCUCUCCAAAAAAUUACUAUUCGUUCCAUUAUGGAGAAAAUGAAUUUUGAUUUAUGUAAGCCAUAUAUUGUAACUCUCUGGGCAGCUACAAAUAAUACGACUGUUAAAGGAAUCCUUUUUAAACAAUUAUUUAAAUUUCUUUGCAUGAAAAGGAAUUAUAUGCAUAUUACGGAAAUUUUGGGAAUAAUGAAUAGUUUCAUUGACAAAAUGUCUCUUACAGAAACUGGAAUCUUACGAUAUGCGUUGAAACAUGUGUCUGAAGUACCUUUAAAGAACAGACCUUUCGUUUUUCAGAAAUGUUAUUUACAACUGAGAUUGUUCAAGCAGGAAAAAUUAGAAAGCUUUCGCGAAGUUUUAGAUAUUAUUGAUUUAAUAGACGCCACCUUCAUUGAAGACGUUCUAUUAAAUUCAUUCCGAAAAUAUUUAGGUAAAAAAUGCCAUGUUGACAAGGAACUUGAAAUCUUCACAGAUAUUUUUGCGUUGUAUUUACUGACGUGCAAAUUUGAAGAAACUCAAACGCAGCGUUUCGAACGAGUUUUCAUUCCUGUUUUUGAAGUCUAUCUGACUUUAUGGAGUGUGAAAAUAAAUAAAGAACGAAUUUUCAGGAAAAGUUUUGAAAAAUUGCUUCACAAACUUAUUGGUGGCUUAAGGACGGUUGUUGAGAAAAAGUUUAUAAUGCCGAUUUAUUUAUUUAAUGCUAUAAAUAAUGUUAUAUCAAAAAGACUAUGUUUAGGAGAGAACUAUAGUUUAUUAACAAUAUUGAACAUGGUUAUGAGUUUUGUGGAAGUAUUAAAUAAUUACUUAAAUGAUAAUUCGAUAGAUAUUUUAGAGGUGGGAACAAAAGUUGAGCUAAAUAAUCAGUGGCAUAAAUUGUGUAUAAUGAUAACACCUUUGCUUGGAAAAAGUUUAAUAAACUUAUUUGAUGAAUUCGUUCCUUCUAUUAACCAAUUAGUUCAUAGUUUAUUGACGGAAAUACUGUGGAAUGUGUUUGAUUCAUUAGAUUUUCCAAAGCAGAGUCGGUAUCUUGUUCUCAAGUCUAUGUUAGUGAAUCCAAAGGUGAUUGCAUGUUAUUACGUAGUAAUCAAUGUAUUAAGACGUUACCAUUGUUCUGAUUCUAAUUUAAAAGCUGAAAUUAAAGAAAUUAUCGAAAAAAACAGUUCAUCUGGCGUCAAAGCGUUAUUCUGGUUCAAUGAAACUGAUUUCGAUUGCGUACAAUUUGAUGAAUAA